AAUUAUUCGUUUACUCAUCUCAAAGAGACAGAGAGAGAGAGAGAGAGAGAGAGAGAGAGAGAGAGAGAGUUCUUUCUAAAUUCUUUGUGAAAAUCAAUAUACGAUCUAGACUGUUUCAGUAUCUGGGCAUGCCAUGUUUGUCAUCGAUUUAUGUAGCCAUUUGGUGUUGCUAUGAUAAAGAAUUUCGUAUUUUUCAUUGGCCAAGAUUAAUAGAGGAGAAAGAACAAUUGGAGGAGUUGCAAAAAGUGUAUAAUUCCGACCAAUAAUUAGCAUAUUGCGACAUAGAGGAAAGUGUUUGUUCUGUCUUGCUUGAAAUUGUGAUCUUAAAAUCCAGUUUCCAAGGAAGUGUAUUCGGAAGGUGAUGAGGAUGGAAGAAGAGAGACACGUCUCAGAAUGUUCCAAGACAAGUCCUUCCAAUGAAGAAGGUUGUGAAGAGAGUGAAGAGGAGAAUGAAGAUGAGAGUAAGCAGAACAACAAUGGAGGAAGCUCAAGCAACAGCACUGUGGAAGAGAACGAGAAGAAGGCAACAGUGAGACCUUAUGUUAGAUCCAAGUUGCCUCGUCUACGUUGGACACCUGAUCUUCAUCUUCGCUUUGUUCAUGCUGUUCAAAGACUUGGAGGACAAGAGAGAGCAACCCCAAAGUUGGUUCUUCAGUUGAUGAAUAUCAAAGGUUUAAGUAUUGCUCAUGUCAAGAGUCAUUUACAGAUGUACAGGAGCAAGAAGGUGGAGGCAAAUCAAGUAUUGGGUGAUCCUAGGCUCCUAGUAGAAACUGGAGACAGAAACGUUUACAAUCUCAGCCAAAUUCCCAUUCUUCAAGGCUACAAUCCAACCCAAACUUCAGCAUACAGAUAUGGAUAUGGGGAUGCUUCUCUUGCUAUCUAUGAAAACAUGGUGAAAACUUGCAUGAAUAGGAGUUCGGUUGAUGAAUCUGGAGCUGAAUUUUGUGGCAGCAGAUUGACUGAGAGAAUUCAUGGAACCAAUAGUAACAUGAAUUGGAGUCAUAAUGUACUCCAAGUUGAUUGUUCUUCCGGUUUCAAUGAAUCCUUCUGCAGACCAAUCAAAAUGAACCAAGAAGAUCCUCAUCAAUCUACAGAAUUAAUGCAGCCAAGUGCACAAGAACUCAUGCCAAACAAUGAUAUUGCUUCAAAAAAUCUGGUGGAACUAAAGAGCUUGAAAAGGAAGGCUUCAGAUUCUGACAUUGAUUUGAAUCUGUCACUUAAAUUAAGUUCAAGGGUCAGUGACGAGAAGCAUGGAAGCAUGGUGGAGCAUGAAAUUGAUAGCAAUCUAUCACUGUCUUUGUGUUCUCAAUCCUCCUCCUCUUAUAAUCUCAGCAGCAGGUUGAGAAAAUCAUCACAAGAUCAUUCUAAGGAGCAAGGGGAAAGAGGCAGAACAUUGGAUCUCACUAUAUGAAUGAGACAAAAACUCUAAGUGAGAUCCUGAGGUAGCUGUCAGAAAUUAGGCAUAUUGUAACCAAUUAUUACAUAUUUAUCUGACACAAAUAACAGUUUGUCUGAUAAACAGUGGUACUACUAUAGCAAGGUGCUGAGAAUCAUCAUCA